AUGACGAGCUUUUCGACCAUGUCGCUGUACGCCUUGACGGUGAAACACCCGUCGGCGACACAGGAUGCAAUCACUGGAGACUUCAUGGGCAACCAGAGACAGCAAAUCUUGACUGCCAACGGCUCUCGCCUCUCCAUUUUUGAGGUCUCGCGGCGGCAGAAAGGCUUCCAAGAGAUAUACUCGCAGGAUGUGUUUGGUAUCGUCCGUCGCAUUGGCAAGUUCAGACUGGCUGGUGGCAAUAAAGACCUGAUAGUCAUCACCACCGACUCUGGGCGCCUCGUCACGUACGAAUACGAGCACGAGCCAUUACAGCAAUUCAAAACUGUGCACUAUGAGACGUUCGGCAAAUCAGGCAUUCGCCGUGUUGUGCCAGGUGAAUACCUUGCCGUGGACCCGAAAGGGCGCGCCAUUAUGAUCGCCUCAGCCGAGAAGAACAAGCUAGUCUACAUUCUCACACGUAGCGGCCAGACAGAUAUCGCUAUCUCUUCUCCAUUAGAAGCACACAAGCCACAGACGCUGGUCUAUUGUCUCAUUGGCUUGGACGUCGGGUAUGACAACCCCAUGUUUGCUGCCCUCGAGCUCGACUUCUCGUCUGCCGAAACUGACCCAACUGGAGAGGCGGUCCAAGAGCUGCAAAAGGAGCUGGUUUAUUACGAGCUGGAUCUUGGUUUGAACCACAUUGUGCGCAAAUGGUCCGAGCCUGUUGACCGCACCGCACAUACGCUAUUUCGCGUCCCUGGUGGGCAGAGUGCGCCGAGCGGAGUGCUUUGUUGCGGGGAAGACAACAUCACAUACCACCGCAUCUUCAACAACAAGACCCAGAUGCACCGGUUGGCGAUACCACGCCGAGAAGGAGCGACCGAAGACCCUAAUCGCAAGCGUGUCAUUGUCACAGGCACCUUGUACAUGCUCAAAGGCGGUGACUUUUUCUACUUGCUGCAGACUGACGACGGCGACGUGUUCAAACUCAACAUCACCCAUGACAACGGAACGGUCGAGAAGAUUAAGAUUAAGUACUUUGAUACUCUUCCGAUCGCUACCAGCAUUUGCAUCUUGCGAGCGGGAUUCGUCUACCUUGCUUGUGAAUCUGGUGAUCGUACCGUCUACGAGCUAGAAUCGCUUGGAGACGACACAGAGGAUCCCGUUUUUGAGAGCACCCAGUUCCCGGUUGAUCCAACAGCUUCGUACGCUCCCCCUUUCUUCAAGCCACGAGGACUCACAAACUUAACCCCUGUGGAGGCACUGCCAAGCUUGAAUCCAAUCAUGGACAUGGAGGUCGCAAAUCUGGCCCUCGAGGAUGCCCCACAAAUAUACACGAUCCAUGGAACAGGCGGACGCGGCACAUUCGGCACUACCCGUAACGCGUUAGAAGUUCUCGAUCUGAUCGAAUCACCAUUGCCUGCCAACGCUAUUGGUGUAUGGACCACCAAGAUGAACGUAGAGGACACAGAAGAUCAGAUCAUCGUCUUGUCUAUGGCGAGCUCAACGUUGAUUCUAAAAAUCGGCGAGGAUGUCGAACAGGCUCAACAUCAUGGCUUUUUCGAAGAAUCAAGCACCCUUGGCGUCCAGCAAUUCGGCGAAGAUUGUAUCAUCCAGAUCCACCCGCGAGGAAUCCGGCAUAUACGGAACCUUCAGUUCGAGCAAGGGGAUGCCCAAGGCAACGAUCCGAAAAUAACAAAUUGGGACUCACCGCCUCAUCGGACAAUUGUCGCUUGCGCGGCCAACAACCGACAAGUUGCAAUCGCAUUGAGCUCGGGUCAGAUUCUAUAUUUUGAGUGUGACUCAGAUGGCUCAUUAGCUAUGGCCGAAGACGACGACAUCACCCUGGAUUCUACCAUCAACUGCAUCGCUAUACCUGAAGUCUCUGAAGGGAGCGUCCGCGCGAACUUCAUGGCCGUGGGUUGCAGUGACCAGACCGUCCGGAUAUACAACCUCCAUCCCGACGUGGAGGGUAACAUUCUCAGGAGCAUUUCCGUGCAAGGUCUCUCUUCACCACCAAGCGAUUUGACCAUCAACUACAUGCGCGACAAGUCACCUCGGGGUUACAGCCAGUUCUUACACAUUGGUUUACGGAGUGGUGUGUAUAUUCGCUCAGUGCUGGACGAGAUGACUGGCGAGAUUGGCGACACGCGGAGACGCUUCCUCGGACCGGAAGCCAUCACUUUUGCACGCGUCACGGCUGCCGGCGAGCCUGCGGUUGUGGCAAUGACCUCGCGGCCAUGGUUGGCAUACACGCAUCCGCGUACCUCAGUGCUCCAGUUGACGCCUCUCAAUUAUAUCCCUUUCAAGUCGGCGUGGAAUUUUGAUGGUUCGGCGUUCAAAGGCAUAAUCUGCGUGAACGCCAACGAGCUACGGAUCUUCACGUUCAACGAUCUACUCGACAAUACCACAUACGAACCAAUCCAGCUCCGCUACUCUCCCCGAAAGUUUGUAUCUUAUCCCGACCAAGGCGUUUUCUAUGUCAUCGAAAGCGAGCAUAACACGAUAGGUGCCGACAUUCGCCAAAUGCUUAUCGACCAAGCUCACUCAAACGGUCCCGCAAAGAUGGGAACCGACGGAGAAGAGGCCCUGACAAACGGCCACACCUUCGGAGACGAACUGGACCCGACCAAGUUCGGCUACCCCAAAGCCCAAGGACAAUGGGCGUCCUGUAUCCAAAUCGUCGACCCAAUCACCGAGAAGAAGGUCGUCCAGAGCUUGGAACUGAAGGACAAUAAGUCUGCAGUUAGCGUCGCCCUCGCGUAUUUCGAAAGUCGCGGAGAGAACGACAUGUAUUUGUGUGUUGGGACUGUCAAAGACCUCCGCUUUACGCCGUACCAGUACACGUCCGCUUCUAUCCAGAUCUACAAGGUGUCGCCAGAUGGACGGCAACUGGAAUUUGUGCACGAAACCGAGGUGACUCAGCCUCCUCUAGCUCUCCUUCCAUUCAAAGGCAAGCUGAUCGCUGGUAUCGGCACAGAUCUGGCUCUGUUUGACUGUGGUAUGCGUUCACUGCUUCGCAAAGCAAUGCAGCCCAACGCUGUCUCAACCCGGAUCACCGGCCUCAAGACUCAAGGAAGCCGAAUUGUCGUGUCCGAUCAGUCACAAUCAAUUACAUAUGUCGUACACAAGGAUCAAGUGCAUCCCAACCGCCUGAUACCCUUCGCCGAUGACACUGUAGCUCGGCAUACUACCUGCACCGAGAUGCUGGACUACGAGACCACUGUUGGCGGCGAUAAGUUCGGUAACAUCUGGAUUGUGCGAUGUCCGGCGAAGGUGUCAGAAGCUGCAGACGAAUCACCAGAUGGGCUCAACUUGACACAAGACAAGGCCUACUUAGCCGGCGCACCAAAUCGCCUCGAUCUGGUUGCCCACUACUUCUCGAAUGAUAUUCCCACCUCUAUCCAGCGAACUAACCUAAUUUCUGGUGGUGAGCGCGUCAUCUUCUGGUCAGGUUUGCAAGGCACUCUUGGCGCUCUCAUUCCCUUCUCGUCGCGUCGCCAGCAGAAAAUGUUCCAGCAGCUGGAGCUGCAACUGAGAGGUGACGACAAGCCGUUGAGCGGUCGUGAUCAUCUUGCAUACAGGAGUUACUUCACUCCUGUCAAGAGCAUGAUUGACGGUGAUUUGGUCGAACGCUUCCUCGUUCUCAGCAGGGAUAAGCGGGAAAGCAUCGUCGGUCAGCUGCAAGGCAACUGGACAAGCGAGAUGGUGGAUGAAGCUAUCUGGAAUAUGCGAGGUUUAUAUGCGUUCUAA